AUGGCAGGUUGCAGCGGCUACUGUUGCCGCUGGAUCAGUGAUCAUUUGGUGCGGAUGCCUUUGAAUUCACGAAGGGAUUUGCUGAUGUUCUUACCUCAUCGAAAAUUGCAAGCCGCAAAAGCAGCUGAAGUACUUUCUGAGGGCUCGGCCAAGCUGGGCUUGUUGCUGGUGGCCUUGGGUGUCUUCGUGCUGACUGUCUUGGCCUUGGUCGCCGGACUCAACACCUUGUCAUCCAAUGCGUUUUUCUACUACUCAAAGUUUGCAUGGGAACAAUGGUUUCCCAGCUUCUUCGUCAUCAUGGUGGUGCUGAUGUUGCUGAGCCUCGUAGCGAUGGCCACGGUCUUCUUUGCUGGUUUCAUCAGUGGCCUGUUGCGCAAUGUGCUGUGGUUUCACCAGGGAUGGUAG